GGUUAAGAUUUAGGGCUUGCGAGGAGCAAGCCAUCGCAGGAAAUAUGGAGGCGAUGCUGAAAAUCGUCCUGGCGAUGCUUGUGGCGGCUCUCGUCGCCGCGCGGGGACUUGUGAAGAAAUCCCUCUCGCCAUCGGGAGCUGUGGCGGGUUUCGUGGUGCUAUCGCUGUCCAUGGCCUCGGGAAUCCGGUUUGGAGCUCUCGUCCUGGCGUUUUACUUGAGUUCCUCGUUCCUCACGAAGUAUAAGUCCGAUGAAAAACGAGGCGUGGACGACGAUUUCAAGGAGGGUGGCCAACGAGACUGGCUCCAGGUUCUUGCCAACAGUGCGGGUGGAACUUUGCUAUCGCUCGCUGUGGCAUAUUAUACUGGCUGGGAAGACAAGUGUAUGGAUUCCAAGGGGGAUGCUCUUGUCACUGGCCUUCUCGGAGGAAUUCUCGGCUACUAUGCUUGCUGCGCGGGAGAUACUUGGUCGUCCGAGGUUGGAGUCCUUAGCAAAAGCCAACCACGCUUGAUCACGACAAUGCAGGUGGUACCUCGAGGUACCAACGGUGGAGUUACACUGCUGGGAACUGCUGCUGCUGCUGUUGGAGGAGCUUUCAUCGGUCUGGUUUACGUUCUAACAGGGAUGCUCACGACUCCAUGUCGAGGAAGCACGAUGCUUCGCCAGUGGGAGGCUUUGCCGCUUGGAUGCCUCGCAGGAUUCAUUGGUAGCUUAAUGGAUUCGCUGCUUGGAGCAACCGUCCAGUUCUCUGGAAUGUGCAAAGUGAGAAAGAAGGUUGUGGGAAAACCAGGGCCGACUGUAAAACGAAUUACGGGAGAGGAUUUUCUGAGCAAUAACGGUGUGAAUUUCGCCUCCGCGUUGCUUACUUCUUUGGUAACUGCUGCGAUUAGCCUUCUCGUCUUCUAAGAAGUCGGUUGGGCUUUCGGUGGCUAAAUAACAAGAUAACCUUUUAACAAACUCUCGAGAGAAGAGAGAAGAAGAGAAGGUUGACGUGUCUGACAUGAAUCUCUCCAGCACGGCAAUCCAAGCGACAGGUACUUUAUUUAUUUUUUAUAUGCUUCACUUUAAACGUUUCUCGAGGACUAAUAUACCAAAAUUCUACUGUGGAGGGGAGCUCUUCCACUGCAGACACAACAAGAUAGUUGGGACGAUGAAAGCCGGUCAGAUAUUUACAAUUUGGCUGAUGAUGAUCAAUAAAGAAAGUAUCCAUCAACAAAAUACAUACCAUCCUCCCGAUAAACUGUUGACAAAUUUUUUAGCAUGAAACGUUUACAAUGCUGAUAAUAUACUUGCAAAUAACACCCCCUUA